AUGCAUCGCAUUACAUCGAAAUGUAAAUGGAGCUGCAUCUUCAUAAUUUUGAUGGCUUCCAUUGCCCUUUACUAUGACACUGCGCUCAAUGGCCAUGGAAUAUUUGCGGAAUCGGCCACAGGAAAAGUUCUGACCAACGCUGGACUACUGCCACAUCUGCAGAAGGGCUGCAAUGUGGCCGUGGUUGCAAGCGCUCGUGGCAUCAAAUGCUAUGAGAAAUAUGUGGAUCCCUAUGUCGUGAUAUUAACUCAAAUGAUUGAGGAUCUCUUGCGGCAGCUGAUGAGCGAUGCAUCGAACAUCUUUGAAUGGGCAAACGGAUACUUCAACGGCAGUUGGGCAUUACAAAUCGAAGUCAUGGAACAGUAUGCCCCAAAUGUGUCGAAAAAAUUGAAGGCUUUUGCUCUGGAUGCCAUGAAAAGCUACAACCAAACUGCAACAAUAAUGGAGGAUAACUUGAACCAAGUGAUUAUCUUUGCCUGGCAGUGCAACAAGAAGUUUCACCAGAAAGUUGAUGAAUAUGCCCAGCGGCAAUUGUUCUAA